CCUUUUGCACAUGCGCCGCCGCCGGUUGGGCUGUUGCUCCCUGACGGGUGACUGCGGCGGGUCCUCGCCAUGGAGUCCUACGACGUGAUAGCGAACCAGCCCGUCGUGAUAGACAACGGUUCAGGCGUGAUUAAAGCAGGUUUCGCUGGUGAUCAAAUACCGAAAUACUGCUUCCCAAACUAUGUGGGCAGACCAAAGCACGUUCGUGUUAUGGCUGGUGCUUUAGAAGGAGAUAUUUUCAUUGGUCCAAAGGCAGAGGAGCACAGAGGUCUCCUGUCAAUCCGAUACCCGAUGGAACAUGGCAUAGUGAAGGACUGGAACGACAUGGAGCGCAUUUGGCAGUACGUUUAUUCAAAAGAUCAGCUUCAGACUUUCUCGGAGGAGCAUCCUGUGCUGUUGACGGAAGCACCACUGAACCCACGUAAGAACAGAGAACGUGCUGCUGAAGUUUUUUUUGAGACCUUCAAUGUUCCAGCACUAUUUAUCUCCAUGCAGGCUGUGCUCAGUCUGUAUGCUACUGGGAGGACCACAGGAGUGGUGCUGGACUCUGGGGAUGGUGUUACCCACGCGGUACCCAUCUAUGAAGGCUUUGCCAUGCCUCACUCCAUCAUGAGGAUCGACAUUGCAGGCCGCGAUGUCUCGCGCUUCCUGCGUCUCUACCUCCGCAAGGAAGGCUACGACUUCCACACAACCUCAGAGUUUGAGAUUGUGAAGACCAUCAAGGAGCGUGCCUGCUAUCUGUCCAUAAACCCCCAGAAGGAUGAGACUCUGGAGACUGAGAAGGCUCAGUACUACCUGCCAGAUGGAAGCACUAUUGAGAUUGGCUCUGCCCGCUUUCGUGCCCCGGAGCUCUUGUUCCGGCCAGACCUGAUAGGGGAAGAAUGUGAAGGACUCCACGAGGUGCUCGUUUUUGCCAUUCAAAAGUCAGACAUGGAUCUGAGGCGAACACUUUUCUCCAACAUUGUGCUGUCUGGUGGCUCCACGCUUUUCAAAGGUUUUGGAGAUAGGCUGUUGAGUGAAGUGAAGAAACUAGCUCCAAAGGAUGUCAAAAUAAGGAUAUCAGCUCCUCAGGAGAGAUUGUAUUCUACGUGGAUUGGGGGCUCUAUUCUGGCCUCGCUGGAUACUUUUAAGAAAAUGUGGGUUUCAAAAAAGGAGUAUGAAGAAGAUGGAGCUCGUGCCAUCCACCGGAAAACCUUCUAGCCCUGGGACCUAUCCUCAGUCUCCUCUGAAGACUCACUUCAGUUCUAAACUCGCUUUUCUGAGUCCGAGUGUCUGAGAGCUGCCUGUAUGUGUGUGUGUGCGCCAGCAUGCCCCGACGUCACUGAGCAAAGACAACAGCAGCAGGAGGGUUGGAUUAGUACUAACUACUUAUUUUUUUUUUUAUUUUUGUUGGUUGUUUUUUUUUUUAAUGGAAAGGAUGAAAUACCAGUCUGCUUUUCUUCAGAAUGGCCCCUUCCUUUUUCAUUUCAGUUCCUUAGUUUCUGUGUUACGAUCACAUUUGCCACUGUAAAACAAGCAAGGAAAAAGAAGGGAACAACUUAGAAUCUGCCUAGCAAGUCAGAAAGGAGCUAACCACUGCAAACUGCUCACGUAGGCUUUAGUCAGCCUGACUGCAAUGCCUGGAUUGUCUGGAAAUAUGUAGCUGAAGCUCCAUAGCUACUUUCUUCCUCAGCAGUGUCUCCACCAUCAGUAGACUUUUGAAGUUGUUUUUAAUGUCUUUUGUUUUUUCUUAAAUUGAAAGAAAGCACAUUCUGAACAGUUAAGCCCAUUUGCCCCCACUAUUUUCAGUGUGUGUGUGUGAGUGUGUAACUUCUCAGACUGAUGUGGGGUUCUGUGCCACAGCUGGAGAAGAUGGUGACAGGACUUAGUUUGUAUUGCAUGGAGUAGAACAAAGCAAUCUCUAAUCGGCUUUCAUUAUGCUAGACGGUUAUUCUCUUGUUCCUUCUUUUAAAUACCUUUUCUUCUCUGGAAGCAAGCGCCCCGGAGUGGGAGUGAAGGCACUUGAGUGUCCUCCCUCAGCCUGCCAAGACUUACAGCUUUCAUGUUCUUUCUCUGCAGGAGUUGGGGCUGCUUCCCUCCUCCUCUGCCACGUCAGGGCAACGGAAUCGUGUAUUUCCAGCCAGGCAUAACUCUUGUGUACUUCAUCCAUUCGGGGGCAAAAUAGUAGUUGGAAAGGUGCAUUGUAAUGUAAGAAUUGUUUUAUUUAUUGAAAUCUCUGAGGAUAUCUCAAAUACUGACCAUAGCACCUGGGACUUGUUCUUUGGGUCUUCUUUGAAUACCUGCUAUCCAGCUGUCCAUUGUUUUAUGUUAACACUGUUUACAGCACACAUGCUUAGCAUAAUAACUAGUCAGCCCUGCUACAGCACUCAGUAACUGUUUUUUAGGAAGUUUUGCUGUUCUCUAUGAAUACACUACGUGAGAGGACAAUAAAUUGUAUCAGUAUGUGUACAGUGA